UCUGCUAAUACCAUGACUAUGGCUGCAACUUGGGUUUGGGUUGACCUGAAUUGGGUCGGAUUGGUCAGUUUGUCAAGGUCCUUGGGUCGGGUUGGGAAUAAUCACAUGCAUUUAGUUUAGGUUGGGAAUAAAUAAUCACAUGUAUUUGGUUCAGGUUGGGUUGGGUCAUGUCAGGUUACUAGUUUGGGAGUUAUCACAAGAAUUCUGGCUAUAUUCCAGCCAGCAUGAUCAGUGAUAAUCAAGCACAAAAGCAACCUGUUUAAAAUGGGUAACCACCAUGAUGAAUUUUGAUAUGCCCCCGUUUUUGAGAUUUAUUUAUUUAAUUUUGUGAAAUUCUUCAUCAUUAAUGCAAGAAACUAGACGAGUCAUCCUUGUAUUUUGUCAAGACUGAAAAGAGUUCAAAAGUUGUAAAAAAAAAAAAAAAAAAACCCUUAGCAGAUGAAACUAAAAGAAGUAAAAAAGUUGCGAAGAAAAGUAACUUACGUGCAGAGGGAACAACAUAUAUGUAAAAUACAAUCUUUUCCACCUACCAAUGAAACUACCAUGUAGAUCUAUAUUGUUCAUCCAGUGGUUUGUGCCGUAACACAAGUUUGUUCUCAUUCUGUAAUGGUCCAUCAUCAAUUCAUCUCUAUAAACCACUUGCACUGAAGGCGUGUGUGGUUUUCCAAUUUCCAAUGUAAUUCAAUGUAAAGGGCCCAUCAUUAUCAUUUCAGUGUUCAAAUAUAAAGUAAACAGGUAAAUGAAAUUGUAAUCAUUCCAUUUUCAUUUUCACAGGAAAAUGAAAUUGUAAACAGGUCCUCGCCCCAUGCCUCCACAUGAUGCCGAGGCAGAAAGCUGGUCCUGAUAAUACGAAGAAAAAUGAAGGGAGGGUAACUACUGAUGUAUGGGUUCCAGGGAAUACCAGGAAUCCUGAAACAUGUUUUAAAAGACCAGAAGCAACACCAAACAGGCCCUAUGCUUGUACAUUUUGGUGGAGCGAAACAGAAGACAUGUUCAGUGUUUCUACUGAUAAUGGCAGAUUGAGGCAUUAUCGUGACUUGCAGAUGUUGCUACAACGUGUUUGUCGAUUUACUGGAUGUCUGUCUGCUAUAGCUAUUCUCCCAAGUGAAACUAUGAAAAAGAUUGUGCUGAGGCUACAAUGCCAGAGCUGCAAACAUGUCUCCCAACACCCAAUUUAGGCAUAGGUGGACUGGUAGAUAUGAAGCCCAUCUAUGGGACAAUAGUUGCAAGAAGGAAGGC